ACGGGCAUCAAAACAAAGUUGAACGGCACACAGUGAAGUCGUGUUUUCGCGAGUCUCUUCGUGGGGUUGUAAACAGGGGAAAACAGGAAUUUUUGUAUCGGUAGUGGUGUGAUGCGCAAUCUAUGGUGUACUACUGGAGCAGCAAGUAAAAGUGUAUGACGUUGAACUGGGAGAGUAUCUCGGACGGUUUUGUUAUUAUUUGUUCAGUCGCGUAUCCCCAUCGUCAUCCACGGACAGAAAACAAGAUUAUACGAAUGCGAAUCAUUCUCCUACGUGCUGUAUACUAAUGCGCAGCAGGCUGUGACCAGCUGGCAGAUGUGAAAACGCAACAAUAGUGAUUCGUUAGUUGAACUGUGAGGACGCUGGUCGUUUCAAGAGUUCCAACAGUUAUUUGUGCUGUACAGUUUCGUACAACGGUAAAUCACCUUGUCGAUUGAAUAUUUUAUCAGAAUUUUAGCUGAGCGUCUUUUAUCCAGUUGUGCAGAGAAAUUGCCACAUUUACAACAGAAAACGUAAAUCAAUAAUCAGCUGUGUAAAGAUUGAUCCAUCAAUCCUGACUAGAGCAAUAUAUCGGUUCAUACAACCCAGUUCAUUACGUUGCAGAAAAGUCGCAGAAAAAAGUGCGUGAAAAAGUGGAUCGAAGUAAACAUUUGGUGUGCGGUUGUAUGCGUUUCGCAGCAAAUUGCGCGUCGAGCAGUACUGCACCUGUGUCUGUGCUUUGUUUAUUCAACUUUCUGCUUCGGGCCGCUGCCAGCUUUAUUUCGUAGCCAGGCGACAGGGCUCCGGUAGUUGCGGUGGAAACUCACGUACACUUUCGGAUCCUUUGUUUACAAAUAUAGUGAAGCGAGAGAAUUGAUUUUUCGCUUGUUUUCGUGCAUCGCAGUGCAGCGGAGGAUACUUUCCUGCAGGAGCAAUCCGGAAUACGGGUUUACAUUCCAGACAAAGAACGCAAGGGCAGAGGAUGUUCAAAUCUAUCAAUUUAACUAGUGAACCUAACAAGAUGUCAGCAACGCCUAGAAACAGUGAGGAUUUGUUGGGAGAAUCCUGGAUCGAACUUUCUUCGAGCACAAACACAUGCCCCAAGAGCCCAGAUCGGACGACGCCGUUGCCAUUCACCUCGGUGGAAGAGUAUCUAAGACUGCUACGAGAGGCCCAACGGGAGUCCAAGGAGUCGAGCCGAGUUGCAUCGCUGACCAGUUCGCGACGAGAUUCGCCCCGUGGAAGUCCCAAAUCACCGCCCAAUAGUCCCAAUACCGAACUUGCCACCACCGAGGAGGAGCUCAGGGGUGUCUACAUCAACUAUCUUAAUAGGGUCGAUGUCAUACCAGCUGGAGACUUGAUACACCGUGCAUUCAUUUCGUACUUGCUUCUGAAGCUGGAAGCCUGCGCAAAGCAGAUCGAGGAGCACGAAGCACAAUUGAAUCAAACCACCAAAGAGGGAGCAGCUAAUUCAAAUCAAAAGGAUAAUGACUGGGUUUGGGAAUGGAGCAGUCGGCCGGACCAGCUGCCUCCAAAAGACUGGAAAUUCGAACAUCCCAAACAAGGUGUUCGUCGUUUGCAACAGGGAUAUUCCAUGCGUUUAACUCGGGUAGGCAAAAAUUCACUCUUCUCUAGGGAAGUGCUGUACUCGCUUGUACUGACGAAUGUAUUAUCGCUGCUGCUCGGUGCCGGCAUUGGCGCCUGGCUCCAUAAACGAGGACUACUCUUCACGCGUAUUUCUAUUGAAUAAUUUGCUGAAGAACGACGAUUCCGAUAUCACUGGGCGAUGAUUGAUUAGAGCAAAUGCCGGAUUCUUGAUGCAGCCAGCUCUCCAUUACCGAGUUUCAAAUUGAAGGGACAAUUUUUCAUGGUGUUUUAAACAACUCAAACAGUUUUAGUCAGUCAAAUUUGUGGUAAAACUUAGUAGACAUCUAGUAAGAAAGAGUUGACUGUAUCACGACUUGAAACUAUUGUUCUGAACAGAAAUUAUCGCCUUUAGAGUUAGUCAAAGUGUCAAAAGCAACAGAAUCAGAUCAAGCACAUUGUAAUAUCCAUUUUCUUUGCAAACACAUCAAGUUUCCCUAGAAUUAAAAAAAAAACAUUCUAAAUGGAAACUGAAACCUUCCACUUUAUUCGACCUACAGAUGCUUUUUGAAAUAAAAAAAGGAACACACAAAUGCUGGCAACUCAGGAAAGCUAUCGAAUCCAGAAGACAUUUAAACAGGCUGAGAUUGAUGUGAUGAUUUGUAGGGGAACCUAAGAAUCAGACUAGCUAGGAAAUGUACAGAAUAACUAGUGGAUAGUGCAUCUAUUGCUGUUUCCAAAUAAAUUCCAUGUCAAAAAUUUGAAGAACAUGUAUUCCUUGUCACUACUAGACAUCACAUACAGGGGGUGGCCAAAAUGUUUGGGAUAGGCAACUUUUUUCCUCCCACAAAAAAAAUCAACAUGCUGUAACUUUUCAUAGAGUGCAUCAAAAAAUCUCAAAUUUUGACUGUUUAUCAACCUAUUAUAUGUGCAUGAUUGGUACAAAAUUGGGCACGAUUGAAUAAUUUUUCGCGAAGUUAGAACCGUUCGGGUAAAACACUACUUUUUAGACAACUCAUUUUUGAGCUGUCAUAUCUCGGAAACCAGUGAACCGAAUUGAAUGAUUUUUUUAACGUUUAUGAACAAUAUAUUGAUACUUAAUACAACGUUAUAAAAUGUAAUAUUUUCUCACGACGAAUUAAGUUAUACCGGGUUGAAAUUUUUACCCAUAUAGAGGAAAAUAAGUCAAAUUUACAAUACCAUACAAAAAUUGCUAAAUCUGUUCUUUCUUCAAUCUAAAUAGGCUCUAAUAUAUCUGAUUAGAGAUAACUUGAGAACAGAAGUGGAAAAUCUUUGGACAUCAACACUAAAAUUUAUUGACAUUGACGUAAAAAACUUACCUUUUUUCGAGAAAAAUCCAAAAAGUGUCAAUCCAUGAUAACUUUUUUCAACGUUCAAAAACAAUCUAUGUUUUAAUAGUUUGUGAAGCAUCUGUAUAUUGUUAGUUUACGUUCAAAAUUUCAUUCAAUUCGGUUCGCUUGUUUCCGAGAUAUGACAGCUCAAAAAUGAGCUGUCUAAAAAAUAGUGUUUCACCCGAGUGGCUAUAACUUUGCGAAAGUUUAAUCAAUCGAGCACAAAUUUGUACCAGUGAUGCACGUAUAACAGGUUGAUAAACAGUCAAAAUUUGAGAUUUUUUGAUGCACUCUACGAAAAGUUAUAGCAUGUUGAAUUUUUUUGUGAGAGAAAAAAAGUUGCCUAUCCCAAACAUUUUGGCCAUCCCCUGUAUUAUGAUGGACUGCUAUGGAUAAAAUAUUUCGUUCCGUGUUUUGAUAUAAGUUAGUAAGAUCGGAAUUCGAAUCAGAUAUUCAAUAACAUAUAAACUAUCAUUUUUAGAAAUAAUCCAUCAUGUAUAACAUUAAAUCCUACUUUCUAUGUUAUGGAUUAUUUUAUAAAUGUACCCCCGUUUACCCGACGGCGAAUUUAUUGCACUGCACUCGAACGAAAUCAGAUUUCUCGUCUUUAUUCAAAAUGAAAAAGCUUCCUUCAAACAUCCGCAACGCCAUCUGUGAACAAUAAGAUGAGUCUGAGACAUGAAAGCUUCUAACAUCUAAGGGUCUGUGUCAAUUGGCGAAUUAAAAUUAAUUUUCACUUAAACUUAACAAUUCGAUAAUUAUUUCCUUAGGAAAACUGUCAAGGUUAAGUGUUGAACUGUCAAAUUUAAGUAAAAAUUAAUUUUAAUUCGCCAAUUGAAACAGACCCUAAGUUGAGUACCGACUUUGCAUUUCAUAUUAACUUUCCAAUGCUGACCGCUGAAAAUGUUAAAUUAUAAUCGAAAUGAUUCAAGUUUUUGCGCACUUUUCACAUACAAGAAAACCCUCUGUGUUAUGCUAAAUUCGUUAUCAUAUAGUGUAAGUAAAUGAACCCAGCUUAUCGUCUAAACAGCUUCUUCAAUAUUGGCGUGAGAUCGUGAAUAAUUGGAAUUUAUCUAUACAUAAUGUUAAUUAAUAUCCAUCCAUCUUCAUAAAUUAUUAUUAUUAUUGUUUAGAACAUGAUUUUUAUAUGAACUCUUAAAAAAUAAAGGAAUGAAAUGAA